CUAAUUUAUUAACACUGUUAACUUUUCUUUCUCAACUUCACCCACCUUAUCUCCACAGCCACUGCCACUGCCACUGCCACAGUCUGCCAAAGCCCUCCCCCCAUCUCAAACAAUUGAGAAGGAUAUUAAUUUGGGGAAAUCAAUAUUUCCCCUGAAAAAGGGCCACGAAUCAAGCAAGUAAUUUUGUGGAUAACAUAUAGCCAACCACCAACUAUUUCCCUCCGACAGCAACUCUAAUAAUCUAUUGUAACCAAAGAAAAACAUUUAAUAACAAAAUAAAAAUACAAAAAAAGGAUGAGAAAAAGCUGAGAAGCACCCAGUUAUCAACAAUAUUAUCUGAAUCAACAAACAAACGCAAAAAAAGAGAAAAAAUUCUCGAAAUUUCUUUCAUUGUUUUUUCCCGAAGCUUCUCAACGCAGAAAUUCAUGGCGCACACAGUCUCGUAGCCAAUCCUCUUCACUGUUUGCUCUCACGAUGGAGGCUCGUGCGCGACGUCGUUUGGCUCUGCUUUCCUCCCACGUGAAUCCACUUGUAGAGACCUCGGGCACGGCCUCGUUUAGCUCGCUGAUGGCCUCCGCUUGCAACGGAGGGAAUGAGAUGAAAAAAGGAGAAGAUGAUUGUGUAUUUUGUAGGGUUAUUCUCGGUGAAGCUCCUGCUUUAAAAUUAUACGAAGAUGAUGAGUGCGUUUGCAUUUUGGAUACAUAUCCUCUAUGUCAUGGGCACUCUCUUAUUAUUCCAAAGGGUCAUUAUCCCUCGUUGGAUACAACUCCUCCAUCGAUUAUAGGGGCCAUGUGUUCGAAAGUGCCUUUGAUUAGCAAGGCUGUCAUGAAAGUUACCGGUUGUGAUUCAUUCAACUUGCUGGUCAACAACGGUGCAGCUGCUGGCCAAGUUAUAUAUCAUACCCACAUCCACAUAAUACCUCGUAAAGCAAACGACUGCUUGUGGACUUCUGAGUCCCUACGGAGGCGCCCGAUGAAGGUGGACCAAGAAGUUUCACAGCUUGCAGACCGCAUUCGUGAAAGCUUGAUGUUCGUGAGCAGGUACAAAGAUAGCAAAGGUCAAGGAUCGAGCCUUGUUGUGAAUUAGGUGCUCGUCAUCUCUCUGUACAAUAUGUGCGUUGUUUUGCUUUGUGCUCUUUGCCAUCACGAGACGAGGUGUCUGAUCGAUCUCGUGAAACGAACUGCAUCAAUGGUUGUAUUCUUAUGUAGUGUCAUUUGUUGCUAUGGCUGAUCACAGAUCUCUUCUCCAUGUUUUGUACCAUACAAAAACACUGCUCAACUUCAGUCGGUUUGAUUUCUCAGUUACAUAUUGUAGGAAAGAAAUCAGGCGCAUUAUAUGAGAUUGAUAUGCAAGAAUAAUUACUAAAGAUAGAAUGCCAUUAGUGUGAAUUAGGUUUACCUUUUUGUAAGAUUGUAGCCUAUAUAAGUUGUAUAGCCUCUGUACAUUUUGGAUAUCAAUGAGAAUGAAUCUUUAUACCCAA